AUGGAGGAGAACAAGGGAGCGGCGGCAGCGGCGGUGCCGGACAAGGAGGCGGCGCAGGCGCCAGCGUCGUCGUACUUCAAGAAGACGGUGGACGAGGGCGCGAGGUUGGUGGAGCUGGCCAAAGACCAGUACCGGCAGUUCACUGAGGUGCAGGCGAGAGAACAAUGGGCGUGCAUCAAGAACAAGGUCAGCUCCAUGCUCGGCGAGCCCAUCUUCGGCGGAUCCAAGGGCGACUCCAGCAGCAGCACGCCGCCGUCCGUCGAGUCGCAGUAG